CCGGCGAGGUCGAAGGCAGGAGGGACAGUGCGAGCGGGGGGCACCGGGUGGCGGCGGCGGCCCCGGGAUCACCAUGGCCGAGCUGCUCUGGAGCCUGCAGGAUUCCCAGCUCGUCGCCCGCUUCCAGCGCCGCUGCGGGCUCUUCCCCGCGCCGGAUGAAGGCCCCGGAGAGCACUGUGCUGGCCCCGCGGAGGGCGCGGCGCGGACGCCCGGGCUCGGGCAUCUCCCCGCAGGCAAGGGCAGGGGCGCCGGGGAGCUGGCCAAUGGGCUGCGGAGAGUCGCUGUCCCGCAGGCUUACGUACAGAAGUACAUUGUGAAGAAUUAUUUCUACUAUUACCUAUUCAGAUUUUCAGCCACUUUGGGACAAGAAGUGUUCUACAUCACAUUCCUUCCAUUCACUCACUGGAAUAUUGAUCCUUAUUUGUCCAGAAGAUUGACCAUCAUAUGGGUUACUGAAGACACCAAUUCCCUCAAUGGGCAUCAUUUUGGAUGUGACAUCUAUGCAGAGUUGGUGAUGUAUAUUGGCCAGGUGGCCAAGGAUGUCUUGAAGUGGCCCCGCCCCUUCUCCCCUCCUGUUGUGAAACUGGAGAAGAGAGUGAUUGCUGAAUACGGGAUGCCGUCCACCCAUGCCAUGGCAGCCACCGCCAUCUCCUUCACCCUCCUCAUCUCUACCAUGGACAGAUACCAGUAUCCCUUUGUUUUGGGACUGAUGAUGGCUGUGGUGUUUUCCGCGUUGGUCAGUCUCAGCAGACUUUACACUGGGAUGCAUACAGUCCUGGAUGUGCUGGGUGGCAUCCUGAUCACCGCCAUCCUCAUUGUCCUCACCUACCCUGCCUGGACCCUUAUCGAUCGCCUGGACUCGGCCAGCCCCCUCUUCCCUGUGUGUGUCCUCGUGGUGCCAUUCUUCUUGUGUUACAAUUACCCCGUGUCUGAUUAUUACAGCCCGACCAGAGCGGACACCACCACCGUUAUGGCUGCCGGGGCUGGGGUGACCGUAGGAUUCUGGAUCAACCAUUCUUUCCAGCUCGUGUCCAAGCCCGCGGAAUCCCCCCCUGUUACUCAGAACAUCCCACCACUCACCAGGGACCUGUUAGCUUUGGGUCUGACCAAAUUUACUGUGGGAAUCGUGCUGGUCCUCCUGGUUCGGCAGCUUGUACAAAAUCUCUCGCUGCAAGUGUUGUACUCCUGGUUCAAGGUGGUCACCAGAAACAAGGAGGCCAGGCGGAGACUGGAGAUCGAAGUGCCUUACAAGUUUGUCACCUACACGUCAGUUGGCAUCUGUGCUACCACCUUCGUGCCAAUGCUACACAGGUUUCUGGGAUUACUGUGAGCCUCAAGUGGUCGGAAAUUAGCUCACUGGACACGAGAGCAAGACAUCAAAAAGUUGUUGAGUGGGGAAGUUUUGACAACACAUUUUUCUUGAAAAAAAAAAAAAAAAAAAGUUCCCUAAGUCACGUGUCUGUUUUGCUGAUACCUGAGAUAAAUGUUGCUGCUUUAUGGAAGGAAAAAUGGCCUCACGGUGACCGCUAGCUUGUUAAGCGUCACGUUGCAGAUGAAGCCAGGCAAACCCACAGCUGAGUUUUUUAAGGUGCCCCACCCUGUCCAUUACUUGGACUUUGGACCAGUCCUGGGCUGGCAGGAGUUGUGGCCUGGCUUAGGAACGGCCACAAGCCCCCCUGGGUUCUGGAGAGCCUGAAGAGACGGCCAUGAGCCAGGAGGCUGGACGUCGGGCGUUCCUUGUCAGCUGUGACCUUGCCCGGCACUGAGUCUCAUUUCCAACACUGGAAUGUGGGUCCAAGAGAAAGGGUGGCACCACAUAAAACUGCAUUCCUUGGACAGGGCGACUUUCUUGUCGUGACGAUCACAUUAGACGCUGCCUGCUUGCGGGGAGAGAGCACUGUGUGAACCUCGCUGGGAAGCGUGAAAGGCGGGGGCAAAGCUGGCGAGGUCACUGGCAUGAGCCUGCUUUUCCUUAUGCAUCCUGGUCUCUGUCGGGUGCAUAUUGAACAGGGAUCCACUCCUCCUCGUGUGUACGCUUUGCAGGAGUCCAGGCGCCAUUUCUAUCCUCUUCUGACCCAUGAACCCAACUGGCUGCUCCCUUCUCACCUCGUCUGGGCUCGGCUGAGUGUCCUGCUGUCUCCUGCAUCACAGUGACUCGGGACAGGCCCUCUGCUCUUCUUGGGCUUUUCGGCUUCCUUACAAACUGGGAAGACAGUGUCGUCUGUCUGUGAAAGUGGAUCAAUAGAAGAACAGAUGAACCUAAUCCUUCCCGGGGCCUGACGAAGAGGGAAUAGGCCUCCCUCCCUGACACUGUUCCUCCCCUUCUGAGUUACUGUUCCUAAAUCUAUUUUCUCAUCUGCUGAAUAGAAUCAGCGGCUCCCUUUCCACCUUCCCA